GACAAAAUUGAAGACGCAUAUUGAGAGUGAGGGAAACUCAUCAGCUGCUUAAAUCUGUAUUUUGUUUUUUCGGUGUCCAUAAUUUAUAAUUAACCGGCUAUUGAUUUGCAUAAAUUUUUGACAAGUUAAUCCCUGAUUGAAGAGAUUUCUAUCACAUUUUAAAUUCACCAUGCCUCGUAUUAUGAUAAAGGGUGGUGUUUGGCGGAAUACUGAAGAUGAAAUCCUCAAAGCUGCCGUUAUGAAAUAUGGUAAAAAUCAAUGGAGCCGAAUUGCAUCUCUUCUUCAUCGAAAGUCUGCAAAACAAUGUAAAGCCCGGUGGUAUGAAUGGCUUGAUCCAUCCAUCAAGAAAACAGAAUGGAGUAGAGAAGAAGAGGAGAAACUUCUACAUAUGGCAAAACUCAUGCCUACACAAUGGAGGACAAUUGCAGCUAUCGUCGGUAGGACAGCUUCGCAAUGCUUAGAGCAUUAUGAAUAUUUAUUGGAUCAAGCUCAAAAGAAAGAUGAAGCUGACUCUAUUGACGACCCUAGAAAACUCAGACCUGGAGAAAUCGAUCCAAAUCCAGAAACUAAGCCAGCUAGGCCUGAUCCAAAAGAUAUGGAUGAAGACGAAUUGGAAAUGUUAAGUGAAGCUCGGGCUCGUCUCGCAAACACGCAAGGUAAAAAGGCUAAAAGAAAAGCACGGGAAAAGCAACUGGAAGAAGCCCGUCGGCUUGCAUCUUUACAAAAAAGAAGAGAACUGCGAAUGGCAGGAAUUUAUUUAGGUUCUGGUAGUCGUCGAAAGAAAAAAGGAAUAGAUUAUAAUGCAGAGAUUCCGUUUGAAAAGCCAGUUCCUGAAGGUAUUCAUGAUGUAUCUAGUGAAAAAUAUGUUCCUGCAAACCAUGACUUCAAAAAGUUGAGACAACAACAUCUUGAUGGUGAAUCAGCUGCGGAGAAGGAAGAAAAGGAGCGUAAAAAAGACAAAGAAAAGUUAAAGAAACAUAAAGCGAAUGAUCCCUCCCUCGGUUUUGAUGCUGAUGCUGUCCCAAAGAAACGAAGUAAAUUAGUUCUACCUGAACCUCAGAUUUCUGACGUCGAGUUAGAUCACAUUGUUAAACUCGGAAAAACAAGCUUAACGGUCAAGGAACUUGCAGAAGAAUCCGGUAAUGAAGCUUCUGAGGCUUUAUUAGCUGAUUAUGCAGUAACUGCUUCUCCAGCGACGAAUGCUGCUAGGACUCCAAAAGUAGCCUCUCUUAGUCGUGACACAAUUUUGAUGGAAGCCCAGAAUCUCAUGGCUUUGACGAAUGUUGAAACACCUUUGAAAGGAGGAGAAAAUACACCGCUUCACGAAAUUGAAGGUCUUGUUGGUGGCCCAAAAACUCCUGUAUCAGUAACUCCCAAUACUAUGAUAGUUACUCCAUUUCGUACACCAGGCAGUGCUGCCGCUGGACCUGGCCAAACUCCCGGUAGUGAUACUUUCAAUACACCCAAGUCAACAUCAAGUAGACGUGAACACAAAGAGGCGACUCCUUUAAGGGAUAAACUUAAUAUCAAUCCUGAAGAAUCGCUAAGCUUCGAAAGUAGUCUAUCAGUUAAAUUAUAUGAGAAAGAUCAGAAAGCAAAUUUAAAGAAGCAACUUUUAGAACUUCCAAGUCCGAAGAAAGAGUUUGAAAUUGUACUAUCUGAGGAUGAAAUGAGUUUGAUCGCAGAUAACAAAGAUGAUAGUGAUACAGUAUCAAUGAUUUCUGAAGAUCAAGCCGAUAUUGAUGCUCGACGUGAAGCUCAAGCCAUUGCAGAAAUGGAAGCUCAUCUUGCCAGACAGAGUCAAGCUGUACAACGUGCUUUGCCUAGGCCAUCUUUAAUCAAUCCAAGUUACAUAAGAAAUGCAAGUUCAAAUAGUAAUGAGUUAAAAAGGGCUCAAGAACUUAUAGAUAGAGAAGUUUUAACCAUGAUUGCUUACGAUUCUUUAAACAAUCCUACUGAUCAACAAAUGUUGUCAACAAAAGCAAGUAACAACAGCAAUGUUCAUUCUGCUUGGUUAAAAGAUUUCCCCUAUCGAGAAAUUUCAGAUGAUGAGAUGGUAUCAGCUAAAAUGUUGAUCCAAGAAGAAAUGGAGAAAAUGGCCGAAGAAGUUGGUGGAAGAGACAUUUUGCUUGAAAAAUAUGAAAAAAUUUAUGAAGAGUGUUUCGACAAUCUACUUCCUGUUACUACUUCAUCAUCUACUAUCUUCGUUCGUGCUGAUAGACAUGACGUUACGGAUAAAGACAAAAUCGAGUCAUAUUCAAAACAAUUAGAAAAUAAUCGAAAUUUAAUGGCUAAACUAGCAAGAAAAGCCAAUAAAAUGGAAAAGAAGUCUAAUAUAUUAUUAGGAGGAUACAUAUCUAGAUCUCAAGAAUUGUCCAAGCAAAUUGAUGAUAUAAUUGAUCAAACCGAAACAACAAGAAUUGAAUUGGAAACGUUCAAAAUGUUACAAAGUCGUGAAGUAAUUGCCAUUCAAAAGCGAAUACUUUCCAUCAGCGAAGAUGUUAAACGCCAAGAAGAAAGGGAAAAAUCUUUACAAGAAAGAUAUGCUCAAUUUUUGAGGCAAAAAAAUGAACUGUUAGACAAAAAGUGAUGCGAUAUUUUAUUUGUAAACCAAUUUCUUCUAUUCUUUCAAUUAAACCUUUCUCCUUUAAAAAUUUC